CGUACGCGAAGAGGAUCGCCCCUUGGAGUGAUGCCCAGCGAGUCUCGCUGCGCGGCAGGUGACACGCUAGAGACGCGCCCGUGGUCGGCUGUCGGCCCCUCGGGCCAUCAAACAUCGAGGCAGGGCUGCCAUCCUCGUCGGCUGGGCUCUCUGAGUCGGGUUAUGGGGCGCGAUCGCGGCGACCCGGCGCGCAUCGAUCGGCGCAGCAGCGAUAGCUAGGUUAGGGAGCUCGCGGCGGUCACGCGAUGGCGGCGGCGCGCCUCUGAGGUCGCGAGGAUGCGCGAGGCCCCGGCUGUAAGCGGGCCGUAUCGGCUCAUGAGGCCACUGCUGCUAGCUGCGGCUACGCUCUUGGCCUAUGGGCCCUGGCAUGUGGCGCGCGGCCUCCUCCUCGACGGCUCCGCGACAAGCCACGCGCGCUUCCCCAAGUGGAACGCCGCCCUCAACGGCAGUCUCGAAUUCGAGUUCAAGACCGAGCAGGGCAACGGGCUUCUUCUCUACACCGACGACGGGGGCACUGUCGACUUCGUCGAGAUCAAGCUCGUCGAGAGCGCGCUCAGACUGAGGUACAACCUCGGCGGCGGGGCGCAGAUAGUAACCGUCGGACGGAAGCUCGCCGACGGCCAAUGGCACAAGGUCCGCGUGCUGCGCGACCGAGAGAACACGAGCCUCGCCGUCGACGGGGUCGCCGCGAGCUCAAUCUCCCGCGGCAAGGAGUUCCAGCUGGGACAGUUCAGCGGCAAUUCGGACAUUUACGUCGGUGGAAUGCCCAGCUGGUACAGCAGCAAGCUCACCCUUCUGGCGCUGCCGAGUGUCAUCUUCGAGCCGAGGUUCAAGGGUCUUAUUAGAAACCUCGUAUACGCCAACGGUGAGGCCGUGGAGCCGAGGCGCCAGGAGAUCAUCGCCCGGGAACCCAAGUGCAAAGGGCUUCCGUGCAUGGAUAAUACUAUAUCAAAGAAGACAGUAAGGAGCUUGCGGAACAUGAUAGCCAACGCGACGGACGCCUGCGAGACACGCGAUCCCUGUCAGCACGGGGGCAUUUGCAUCUCCACGGACAGCGGACCGAUAUGCGAGUGCCGCAGCGGGGACUACGAGGGCGUGCACUGCGAGAAAGAUAAAAUGCCCUCGGAAGCGUCGUUCCGGGGCACGGAAUACUUGACGAUUGAGCUGAGCAGAGGCAAUCCUGUACUCAGCACGCAAGAGGGCAUAUUCCUACAAUUCAAGACCAAGCAACCCAACGGACUUUUGUUCUAUUCGGGACACGGACAGGACUACAUGACGAUAUCCCUAAGGGACGGAGGCGCCGCCAUCGGUAUGACACUUGCCAACGGCAGACUCGACUUGCACAUCAAACCAACGAGGAUUCGAUUCGAUGACAACCAGUGGCACAAAAUUAUGGUGCAUCGGAAGGUCCAGGAAAUUUCCACGGUAACGAGCUUCUGCAGGUUGACGGCGACCGUCGACGGCCUGUACACGGAGCACGGACACACCGCCGGAUCAUUCACGAAACUGGCGAGCGAGCGGAUCCUCGUCGGGGGCGGCGCCGACGCUCGCGAGCUCAUCGGCUCCAAGGGUAUCAACAACUUUGUCGGCUGUCUACGCAAGGUGGAAUUCCAGGCGGAGGGGUUGCGUAUGGAGCUGAUCGAGACGGCCCGAAGCGGCGCCCCGGGUGCCGCUGCCUGGGGUAAAAUCGAGUUCCACUGCCAGGAGCCGAGGGCCUCCGACCCAGUCACCUUCACCACCCGAGACUCCCAUCUCGCGCCGGCGACGGUGAGCGUCCGGCGACUUCACGGCACCGUGGUCACCUUUACCAGCCCAGAGUCCCACCUGGUUCUUCCACCCUGGAAAGCUGCCAAAUCCGGAAGUAUAUCUUUUAAAAUUCGUACGAACGAGCCCAACGGCCUGGUCAUGUAUAGUAGAAGUGCAUCGCUCACUCGGACCGACCUCUUCGCCUUCGAGAUCUUAGGUGGACAUCUCUACCUACACAUGGACUUGGGCGAGGGACCGCUCAAGGUGCGGGCCUCGGAGGAGCGCGUGGACGACGGUACUUGGCACGAUGUCGCCCUACGCCGGGUGGAGCGCGAGGGCCGCGUCGUUGUUGAUGGCUCGACCUUCGAGUUCCGGCCACCGGAUAAAGCAGCGACUGAUUUCGAGGGGACGAGGCGCCCCGGUUUUCUCCCUCCAGGUGACGCGACUCGUCUGGACCUGGAUGGCCUUCUGUACAUAGGGGGUGUUGGUGCGCCAUUUGCUCCGCUCACGAUGCCGCCUAUCCUCUGGACGGGGAGCCUCCGUCAGGGUUACGUUGGCUGUAUGCGCGACCUCGUCAUUAAUGGACAACCCGUCGACAUUGCUGGCUACGCCCAGCAACAGGACUCGGGAGCGGUCAGACCUGCCUGCCACGUCCAAGGCCCGCACUGCACCUCCCAACCGUGCAUGCACUCUGGGCACUGCCUCGAGGGUUGGAACAGAUUCCAUUGUGACUGCACAGGGACUCCCUUCACCGGUGCCACCUGCGGCAAGGGUAAUUAUAUCAAAAGUCAGAACGGCAGUCAGCAGAUGACGGCUCUGAUGCCGGAGGACUCAAGGACUCAGGCCGAAGAGCUCGUCGUCAGGUUCAAGACGACUAAGCCCCGGGGAUUGCUACUGGCUACGAGCCUCGAGAACAGCGUCGACCGGCUUCAGAUAUCGCUCGAGGACGGGAGUGCGAAAGCGCUUGUGCACAUCGACCAUCAGGAGAAGGUGAUAGUGACUGGACAGGGGCUGAACGAUGACAUGUGGCACACGCUGAGGUUUUCGCGCCGAGCCAAUGCAAUCAAGUUCCAAGUCGACGACGAGGCACCGAUAAGAGCCGAGGCGAUGCUGGGCGAGAAGAACAGCCUCGUCUUCAGGACGCUCCACGUUGGCGGAUAUCUACACUCCGGCGAGGAGAUACCCCACUUCGUUGGCCUCCUACAGCAGAUCUGGUUUAACGGAUAUCCGUACCUUGAGAUAGCGAGGAACGCGGGCACGCAUCAAACCUCCCAUCAGGGUCUUACACCUAUAAUCCGGCUCAACGGCAAGUACGAGAAGCGCAACCAUCCGGUCCACCAUCCCGUCACCUUUACCUCCAAGCACACAUUCGUCGGCCUGCCGGUGCUCAAGGCCUACGUCGAAACCAACAUCUACUUUCAGUUCAAGACAAGGGAACCAAAUGGCUUGAUCCUAUACAACGCAGGUCGCGAGCGCGACUUCAUCGCCGUGGAGCUCGUUAAUGGCCACGUGCACUACGUAUUCGACUUAGGCGAUGGACCAGUCAGAAUUCGUGACAGCACCAAGACUCGGCUCAACGACGGCAAAUGGCACGCGGUCAGCAUAGCGAGACCCGCACCUAAGAGGCAUACACUGGCCGUGGACGAUCACGUGGCCGUUAUUAACAGUCCCGGGAACAAUGAAAAUCUCGAUCUGGACGGGAUACUUUUCAUUGGUGGUAUGGAGAAAGCACAAUAUUCACUGCUACCAAAGUCGAUAAUAAGCCGACAUGGCUUCGAGGGAUGCCUCGCAUCAUUGGACCUCAGCGGCGAGAGUCCGGACCUCAUCUCCGACGCCGUAGUCCCAAGUUCCCUAGUGGAGUCAGGCUGCGACGCCUACGCGAACCUCCACCCGGGCAAAAAAUGCACGCACGACAUGUGCUCGAAUCACGGCACCUGCGUUCAGCAGUGGAACAGUUACACGUGCGACUGCGACAUGACGAGCUUUUCCGGGCCGACGUGUGCCGACGAGGCCGCAUCGUUCGAGUUUGGCGCCGGACGAGGCCUUAUCACCUACACAUUUCCAGCCGACAGGAGGCCGGAAAUGAAGAGAGACACCUUGGCAUUCGGAUUCGCGACGACAGCCAACGACGCGGUGCUACUUCGCAUCGAGUCCGCCUCGAGCAACGAUUACCUCGAGAUCGAAAUCGUGGAGGGUAACGUCUUCGCGGUAUACGAUUUGGGAACGAACGACCACCCGAUUGGCGAGGUCGGCGUAAAGGUCAACGACAACCAAUACCACGUGAUAAGAUUCACGAGAAACGGAGCGAACAGCACACUGCAGAUCGACGACUACAACCUUCAAGCUAAUCAUCCACAAGGAAAGCAGCACAUUGUGUUCAACAGCCAGUCGACGAUCCAAGUGGGAGGCCGCUGGAAUCGCGGCAAAAGCCGAAUCGAUAAAUCCUAUCUUGGCAUAAUUUCCGGCCUCGUGGUCAACGGGGUGAGGAUAUUCGAGCUCGCUGCCGCGAAGGACAGCCGAGUGAUGGUUAAGGGUGACGUACAGAUGCUGCCGAUCGGGAGCCUCGUGGAUCGCGCCGCGCCCCUACAGCGGAUGCAACAGACGCCAGCGUCCGGCUUCCCGGGGGUCUCCGACGACCUGAUAUUCUCCGGGGCAGGGAGCGGCUGCGCCGGCGAUGACGAAGACGACGAGUGCACUCCCAUUUACGAAAAUGCUUCGGGUAAGUAUGACCUGAUCACGCCGGUAUACGUGGCACCGACCAAGUCACCAACGGUGAAUCGACCGCGCAACCACGGCGUCCAGACCCAAGAGAAGAACAUCGCUUGCGACGACGAGGAGGAGUGCAACGAAGAGGGCUCCGGCGAUCCCGGCACCACCGAGGAGAUCUUUGUCACUUCGGCUACGGAUUCGAGCUCGUCCUCGACGAGCCACACAACCCAGCGACAGUCGACGUCGAGCCAACGGACGAGUAGCGGAGAAGAGAGUACCAGCGUCAUCGCUAGCGGCACCGCCGCUGCCACUACAAGCGGCAGCGUAUCCUGGAACGCGGGUUUCACCCGCGCCACCGAGCUCCAGUCGACGGCAUCGACGCGUCUCCAACCGAGCAUCGAGACAACACACACUAGUACCACGACGCAGGAGUCGACUACGACGACGAGCACGAGUCAUCGGCCCUCGACAACCCCCUCGACGAUCGAGAUACAAGAGUCGCCCACAACCACGAGAAUGCCCCAUUCGGUCAUGAACAUACCUCCGAAGAACAUCAACGUCAUCCUCAAUAGCAAUAGCAACAGCAACAACAACAACAAUAACAAUAAUAAGCGCAUAACGUCAGAGACAGCGGAGAACGCAGCAUUGAUAAUCGGCAUAAUAGCCGGUGCCCUCAUCGCCAUUGUCCUCAUAAUCCUAAUAAUCCUGAAAUUCAAGAGCAGGCCCGAGGUGAAUUACAAGAUCGACGAAGGCAAGAGCUUUUGCCAGGAUCCGAACGCGGCGCUGCUCGGAGGUGCUCUCGGCGCCGGUCAACCCUACAACGGAGCCCUAAAGAACAGCCAGGGUGGUAGCAGAAACGGUAAGAAACGCGAUCCAAACAAUGUGAAGGAGUGGUACGUGUAAAGUCCUCUGGAGUUCUCAGAGACGAGCCAAGACUGACUGUGUACACUUUAUUGAAAUGGGUGAGCGAAAGACCGAGGCUGACGGAAAAUGAAAAUUACAGAG